AUGAAGCACGCGCCUCCCUCCCCGAGGCCGCCCAGCCGAGAAAGUCUGAAAGCUAUUUCCUACAACGAUACCAUUGCUGCUAAACCUCCCAUACCCAUUACUGUCGCUACACCUCCCUCAAGAUCAUCUCAUACCGCAUUCAAUAGCCUCCGACGGCCCAAGACCUCCAAUCAGCGCCUUUCCCCUCAAGCUGCGCGGUUGAGACUACAGGAUGAUGCCAGGAGAGACUCGGGUCUGGCGCCCUCGAGUUCUACCACAAGAGAUAGUCGAACGACAUUGGGAACAGAUAUUGAGUCGACGACCAGCAUGAAACGUUCGCCAAGCAUUCCAAGUUUCUCGGCGAAUGAAGCGGCCCCUUCUCCCACACCAAAUACUACAGGAGAUGAGGAAUCAAGAUCAAAGGAGCAGACCGAGCGUCCUGCAAUACCGCAGUUACCGUUCAUGAGCAUACUGACGGAGAUACCGUCUGGGAAUUUCGAGGACUUGACGUUACCUGGGCAGGUGGAGUUCUCAAAGAGAGGGAGCAUGCUGAUAGGAGGCAAGAAGGCGAACAAGGGGCAUGGCCGCGUUGUCAGUAAUGGACGGGUGAUUGGCAGUCGGAGGACGUUGAGCAAAGAUUUACUGUCCCCACCGCCAUGUCUACCUACGAGGGUGCUAUCCGCAAAUGACGAAACCCUCUCCUACAAGGUCCGGUCAAUGUACGAGGGCGGAGCGGAAGAGGACUUUAGUUGCGCGGCUGGAGUGCACGACAAGAUGGGCCACGGGCCAAUCGAAGUGCAGAAAUCAAGUAUACGGCAGGUGUCAAACUUGUCUCUGGGUCCGGCAAAUACGCCACAGAUCACUAUGAACGGUGAAUCGGCCCGCAGAGUACUUUCUCAGGCAACGACGAACACGAGCAAGAGGAGUAGUGCGAUCAUCCGAGAAGCCAACGAAUUAGCGGGUGGGAUUGAGGAUUGGGAGGAUCUGAAUGGUGGAGACGUUGAUCGUUACGGAUUCAUCGUUCCACGCAAACCAUCUUCGCAAGCCUCAUCCCUGAACUCCAGCCAAGCGAGAUCGCCAGAACCCCCCCGUAUACAGCGUAUGUGUACGCUCCUGCAAGUUGCUUCAGACGCCCCGAGAAGACAACGCAGUACGAUCAGGGGCAAGAAGACACCAUCGGCUCAAAGCCCAGCGCGCUCUGCGGCAAUGCCUUCGUCGUCGAGACCUGUGUCCAGGAUUGUCCGUCCAAAGUCUUCACAGAGCUCAUAUCGGACCACAACCGGCAACCAGUCCAGAACUCGCUCUGCUGCAAACAGGCUUCCUUACAACAAGGACAGGAGAUGCGUGGACGAAGCAGGCGACAUGCUCACACUUCCUCCUGGGCUGGCAGACAUUGCAGAGGAUGAAGAAGACAGCAAAAUGGCAGACGAUCUGAAGCGACGCGAAUGGGAGAGAGAGGAGAAAUGGAGGAAGAUGGCUAAGAUUGCCAGGAACAAGAAUGGUGGUGGCAUGGUCUUCGAAUUCGACACUAAGAGUCCCAAGGUCAUCGAAAGGACGUGGAAAGGUAUACCAGACCGAUGGCGCGCAACGGCAUGGCGUGCAUUCCUGACCGCCAGUGCUAAGAAGCGGCGAGGUAGCCCAAGCGACGACGAGCUCAUCGCUGUCUUCAAUAAGUUACUGACUCAAAGUUCUCCGGAUGAUGUACAAAUCGACAUCGAUGUUCCCCGGACAAUCAAUGGCCACAUCAUGUUCAGACGGCGCUAUCGAGGAGGGCAACGCUUGCUCUUCAGAGUCUUACACUGCCUCUCCAUCUACUUCCCAGAUACAGGCUACGUACAAGGCAUGGCUGCCCUAGCAGCUACUCUUCUCUGCUAUUUCGACGAGGAAAUCACAUUUGUCAUGCUCGUGCGCCUGUGGCAGCUUCGAGGUCUGGAGCGUCUAUACCAGUCCGGCUUCGAAGGUUUAAUGCAAGCGCUUGAAGAGUUUGAGAGAGAUUGGCUCGGAAAGGGGGAGGUGGCAGCGAAGUUGGACGAAUACAACAUCUCCCCUACCGCCUACGGCACCCGCUGGUACCUCACCCUCUUCAACUACUCCAUACCUUUCCCCGCCCAACUCCGCGUCUGGGAUGUCUUCAUGCUUCUCGGCGACCCUGACCCAUCUGCCUCUCUCUCACCCUCCCCGUCAUCCUUCAACGGCGGCCUCGACGUCCUCCAUGCCGUCUCAGCCGCACUAAUCGACGGCACGCGGGAAAUACUAUUAGAGUCUGAUUUCGAAAACGCAAUGAAAGUGCUUACAAGCUGGAUACCGGUGAAAGACGAAGAAAUGUUGAUGCGGGUUGCGAGGGUGGAGUGGAAGACCAAGAGGAGGAAGAAGCCGUGA